AAAGUUGAAAGUUUGGUUAAACGAAUGCAAAGCAAACAUGUUGGGUUAGGCCCCCGAGACAAGAUCUAGGAAGAAGAGAAGAGAAUAGAAUCAGAGAUGAGAGGAUCCAAAGGACGGAUGAAGAAAUCUGAUCCAGAACCAGAAAUACAGAUCUCAUCAACAUGAAGUGUCAUCUGCUAUACGUCACAGCUUUUGUUAUAAUUUUAUUAACAGGAACAAGUUGUGGUUGCUCAGAUCCUAAACUCUGCCCGGAGCUAUGUACAGGCCCAUUACAGUGUACAACUGAUUGUACAUCAGGGACCUGUCAAGAGGAAUGUACAGGGUGUACAUGUGAAGAUGGAUUGUACAGGGUGGAGGGGGAAUGUGUUAAAAAGGUAUACCUGAACCAGCAUUGUAUAUCUGAUGCCAGCUGCCGAGCAGGUCAAGAGAACAGUGAAUGCAAUGGUCUACUUAGUCUCUGCCAGUGCAGACCAGGAUUUAAAAUAUCUUCAGAUUAUCGAGGGAAACCAACUCUUUGCUCAGCCCAGACCCAGAGCGAGUAUGAAAGUAUUGGACAGUUGGAUAUGGCAAUGGUCUGUAUUCUGGGAGGAUUGUGCACAAUGUCUAUUAUCAUCUGUAUUGUCCUCCAAAUGUUCGCAAGAGCUAGGUUUGCAGAUACAAGAUCAAUAUUUAACACACCGAACCCUCGGCUCAUGAACGCAUCAUUUGCUAGAAAUCCUAGGAAGAAAUCUGAGCACGAAUUGCCAGACGAGUUAGCGGAAGAAAGGAAACGGAAAAAGUUUGAUCGCCUGAGAGAAUUAAAAAUGGCGGAGGCAGAAAUUCAAGAAGUUUAAAUAUUUUUGGUUAAGUCAUAACACACGCUUCAAAAUGGUUGGUCAGCUGGUUGAGAAGGUUUGGAAUUUAAUAUUAUUUUUGACUGGCUCCUCACAUUACAUUUUUGGUUAUUGUAAAGUGUACAGUGCGAACUUAAAGUGUAAAUUUUACAGUGUGAAACUAUAGAGCCGGAAAUUUAAGAGAGUAUCGUUGAACGAAACUCCCGAGUUUUCUUAGGGGGCAGUGAUUGCAUAGAUUUUAAUUUUAAGAAGAAAUCAGUGAACAAAAAGAGAAUGUAAAAACCACAUGAAAUAAUAUUUCUUAACAAAAAUAUUGAUAUCUACAAAACUGCAUGACCCCAUUCAUGAAAUUCAGUUUCCUAUACCGGGUUUCAUGACAAUUCUCUGUCUCAAGUUUCGGGCUCAGUAUAAUUGUACAAUAUACAAUGUACAUCUUUCUAUCGCAACAAAAUAUUUUUGCAUUUCAAAACUGGUCAAUCAAACUCAUUAAUGAAUGUCUAUUAGCUGUUGUAUUUUAAGAGCUGAAUUGGUCUAACGUAAUAAAACCGCAAUUCAAUAACAAAUUUCAAGAAUGUUUUCAUAUAUUCAAAUAUUAUGCAUAAUAGAUAUGUAGAGGAUAGGUUACAUAUCUAGUUUUGGAAAAUAGUGAAUAUAUGAUUAAUAUAUUUCUCUCUAGAUUUUAAUCUCAGGGAUACCUUUUAUUUAGCCUUUUCUGCAUAUAUAUUUUAAGAAUAAGACAUGUGCUCUGUCUGUACAAUAUACGGUGUACUGCAUAUUGUUGUACACUGUAUACUGUUACGAACAAGCCUAGUGCGGGAAAAAAUUUUAACAACUCUGAAACUUCUCUUUUAAAAUUCAAUUCUUUAUUUCAAAUUCUUUUACACCAUAAGAAGAUUUAGAAUUUGAUUUAUUAUUUGAAAGUUAAUUUCCAUCACAAUAGAAACCAGAGAAAAUAAAAUUUUGCAAAUUCUACACUCGAAGUUUUAACUUGAUCUAAAUUCAGAAAAAUUAAGAAAAAUAUAUAUGCAGAUCAGGAACACAAAUAAAAACAUUAAAACUCUUGAGAUAUUUGAUGUUUUUUGUCUUUUCUGGAAGCAAAUUCGGUUAAAAGAAUGUCUAAUUUUUCCGUAGAUAAAGUCAUAAUUGUUGACAAUUGCGUUGAUAUCGUAAAAGAAUCACGAUCAUCUCCACUUUAUUGUAAAAAUAUAUUAUAAUUACCAAGUAAUAGUUAGUAAAUGUUGCUUUAAGUAGUUUAAUAGAAUGAAUGUAUACAUAUAUAUAUAUAUGAUAAUAAUACAUGUAAAAUCACCAGUUUCCAUGUAUAAUUCAUGUUAUAAAAAUUAUGAUAUAAUCUUGUAUUUAAAAUAUGUUUAUUAGUUUUGUAAACCCUGUUGCAUC